AAUGGCGGAUCACAUACCCAAACAAUCUUGUUUCUAUGUAGAGAAUUAAAAAAUAAUAAUAAUAUCAAACUUGGCGUAUACGAUAUUUAUACGCGCUAUCUUAAUAAUAAAAAUCAAUAUUACCGAAAAUUAAAAGAAAUUAAUCACCCUAAAACCUUUGACUAUUUAAGAGAUCUAGAUAGAUCAUUAAUUAGAUUUAUUGUAUUUAAUUCUUUAUUUGUGAACAUUCAGUUACAUUGAAAAACUAGAUCUAAGUCUAAACACACUCACUGUGAUUAGUGUGAUCACUGUGAUGUGACUGUGACUAGAGACUAGUCUAGAGACCUAUUCUAGAGUUCUACAACUACAGUAAAUGAUGACAAUGAAUGAAUUGAAUAAUAAUAAUAUGAUAUUCAUAUUGACUAUUGAUACUGUUACAGUUAACUGUAACUGUUGAUAUUGAUUCCGACAUAGGAAACCAGGAUAGGCCUAAAUGAAAAGUAAAAGAGUAUUUUUUCUACAAUAUUCAAAAUGAAUAAAUAUCAAAGAAUCAAGCAAAUUGGAGAAGGAGCCUUUGGUAAGGCUAUCCUUGUUAAAAAAAAGGAUUCGGCAAGGCAAUAUGUUAUCAAGGAAAUCAAUAUUAUAAAGAUGUCUGUAAAAGAACGAGAAGAAUCAAGGAAAGAGGUAGCUGUUCUGUCCCAGUUGAAACAUCCAAAUAUUGUCUCUUACAUUGAAUCAUUUGAAGAGAAGGGAAGUCUGUAUAUAGUCAUGAACUAUUGCUCAGGAGGAGAUAUGUAUGGAAAAAUCAAUGAAAGAAGAGGUCAAUUAUUUUCUGAAGAUCAGAUCUUAGAUUGGUUUGUCCAACUUUGUCUUGCUAUCAAACACAUACAUGAUAGAAAGAUUCUUCAUAGAGACAUCAAAUCACAGAACAUCUUUCUGACCAACACAGGUACUGUUCAACUGGGAGAUUUUGGAAUAGCAAAAGUGUUAAAUACGACUGCUCAGUUGGCUCACACAUGUAUUGGGACACCAUAUUAUUUAUCUCCUGAGAUAGUUGAAAACAUGCCUUAUAAUAAUAAAAGUGAUAUAUGGUCUAUGGGUUGUGUCCUCUAUGAACUGACGACAUUAAAACAUGCAUUUGAAGCUCCAAAUAUGAAAAACUUGGUUCUUAAAAUUAUAAGAGGUAGUUAUCUCCCUCUUCCUCCACAAUAUAGCUAUGACUUGAGAGGAUUGAUUGCUCAGAUGUUUAAGAGAAAUCCAAGAGACCGUCCAUCUGUAAAUACUAUUUUGAGGAAAAACUUUAUUAUGCAAAGAGUUAGAAAGUUUUUAUCAGAUCAAGAUAUGCAAGAAGAGUUUAGCCAUACUGUCAUGCAUGGACAUAAGAUUGCAAAAGCCUUGCCUCCAGCACCCAAGCCUUCAGCUGAUCCAAGUAAAAAGCCCAACUCAACGCCACGUCCAGGAUCUGCUAACAAGAAGUAUGAUCCAGCUGCUGUUUAUGGAGCACCUUUAAACUCGUCUAAAAAUAGAAUGUCUGGAGAAAAGAAAAGACCCAGCACUCCAGGCAGACAGGCUCCUAUUCCUGGACAAGUAGACUGGGAUAAGAAAAGAAAAGAAAGACAAGAACUUGAGGAGAAAAGAAGAGCAGAAAUGAAGAAGCGGGAACAAGACAUGUUUGAACGAAAACAAAAAGAAUUGAUGGACAAACAAAAGAUUCAAAGAAUGAACAAAGCAAGGGAAGAAGGUUGGAAACAACUUAUUGAUCCUCACUCAAUAGAUGAGAAUCGAGCUCAGACUCCUAAAGACAACCGUCCGAAAUCUCCUCGUCCAUUACCUGUUCCUAAAGUAAACAAUGAAAACAGAAACAGGGGGGAUUAUCAAGCAUACAAUCAGUUUCUUGACAAACUUUACCCAGACAGACCACCAGCAGCAGCAGUCAGAAACAUGAAUCAUGUAGAGGUUGUUUACAUGGCUGCCCCAAGACCACUCCCUGCUGCCCAGCAGCCCAAACUAGCAGCUGGGCCCCAGUUCAACAUGGGCCCCCUGGGUGUCCCUGCUGCCAUUGACCAGGCCGGUAGAGACAGGUACAGUUACAAUAUGCAAUUUGGUGCACAGGCUGCACACAGGGCUAGACUUGUGGAAGACUUCUUAUAUAACAAACAGUUAGCACAGAUCAACAAAGCCAGAGCACAGAAUGAUUUGUAUGGUUAUCGACCACCAUCAGCUCAGCGCUACUCUCCAGUUCCUGCACCAAGGAGAGGACCAAGUCCUGGACCAGGUCGGGGCAAUGUGGGUGGAGGUAGGGGUGGUGCCUCAAACUCAAGAGAAAGAGAAGAACAGGCUUAUCUUGAAAAACUUCGUCAAAUUCGUGAACAAAAUUUUAAGGAUAGAAGAGCUAUACAAGGUGUCAAUGAACCACCAAACGCUAAUAGAAAUAAAGAUUCAGAAAGUACUGAAGAGAGGAAGAAGAAAGUGGAAGCCUUGAAACUUCAAGCUGAGCAUUGGGCAGAGAUGAGGAAAAAUAGACCAGACAGUGCCUUGCCUCAAGCUGCCACACCCGUUGCUAUGACAGGUGCCUUACAGGCUAUUGGUGCAAUUGACCCAAAACAAGCAGCCAAUCAAGGUGGAGCACAAGAGCCAGUUGUUCCACUGACCAAUGCCUUAAAUGUUGUUGGAGGGAGCUCUGAGUCGGAUAGACCACAGUCAGCACAUCAAAAAAAGAAAGAUGGUAUAUUAAAAAGAUUGAACAAUAAGCAGAAUCCAUCCAGGUCAAAAUGGAAAGCUCCUGCCUCACCUGCUGUAGCCGAAGAUGUGGAACGCAAGCAGUGGGGGCCUCCAGUCUCUCCAGCUGUCAACCUGGAGGAGUUGGAGGCAAGCAAGCCUCACUGGGGUUCUGGUAAGGAUUUGCAUUUGAGCAACGUUCCCCUGGAGAUGACAGCCUCUCUCAUGGAAGCAACAACUGCAGCUGAUCAAGUGGUCAGGAUGGAUGCUGCUGGAGAUAAAGAAAAGAGUCGAGGCCGGUGGGGGAAACAACCAGAUGUGGUGAAAGCCCUGGAUCAGAUGCCCGUUAGUCAAGACACUCUGACAGGCAAUGAUUCAGCUAAAGUGUCAAGUCCUACGCUACCAGGGCCACCUGCUGGAGUUGGGGUUACAAUAACCAUAACACAGAAACCGGUAUCAGGCCCACCAAAUAUUGAAGGAGGUACUUCAGAAGGCAAACAGACAAUAACAAAAAGACCAUUACCGCCCCCACCAAUACGUUCCGGAACAAUGGUCAUAUCUCGGGGCACAACAGAUAAAAACAUUCCAGUUGUAGAUGAAGCAGAUAGCGGGAAGAAACUGACUGUAGCCAAGGGAGAUAAAUCAGUAGAGUCAAUGGAUGAAUUAAGGAAUGAUGCCAAAAGUGUUCAGCUGAAGAUGACUUCAGGAAAUUUUGAUUUGAAAAGGGAACAAGUCAAGCUUCUGAGGACAAUAUCAGAACCAAAUCUAACCAGUUUGUUCACAGCACUGGAUGUUGUGAAUACCUCAGCCCCCAGUACACCGUCUUCGCUAAAUCAGACAGCCAGCAGACGUCACCACAGUUUAGAUUUAACAAUAGUUCCUGAGGAUGAUGACAUUGAUGAAGUAGACAAACCCAUAGUAGAAGAAGAUGACUUUGCUGAAGAGGACAUCAUUCUAGAAAAUAAUGAUGGGGAGGAUGAAGAUUUCACACGCAUGUUGGAGUCUAUGCAGACAUUCAUUGAUGAUGAUGAUGAUGAUGAUGCUAAUAAUGAAAAUUUAGAUCAAACUAAAGUGAAUGAAGUUAAAGCAAAGCCUGAUCUUCAGAAGUCACAGUCAGAGAAAGAGCCAGAUGACAAUGCUGAUGAUGGUGAUGAUGAAGGGGACAGCAAUGAGGAUGAAGAUGAGACUCCUAAGCUUGACAAUAUGUCUUUACAAGCAGUUCUAAAUCUUGAGGACAGUGAUGAUGACAUUAAUUUUGGAGAUGAAGAUGAUAAAGACUAUGACCGCUUUGGACAUUUAGAACAAAUGCGGAAAGAGCUGAUGGAUUUGCUUGGUGCUGACAAACUUCGAGUAGUUUAUGCUGUGGCACAGAAAUCAAUGGAGGAUGAUAAUGUACAAUUAGAAGAUGCCACAAAAGAGGCUCUCAACUUGAUGGGUUCUAAAGCCAGUGAAACAUUGUUUGCCAAAAUAUUCAAACUUGCCCUUGCAGACACUGCUUAUACUGAAGAUGAUCAGUAACAACAAAGAAGUCCCAUUAUAUUUUUUCAUGAUUUCCAUCAAGUGUUUCUUGUUUUGUACUGUAUAGCUCCAUUGUAGUUAGACUUUGUUCUAUAUAAUAUGUUAUAGUUCCAUGUAUACCUUAUAUUAAAUUUAAUGUUGGUCAUGAAAUACAUUGAAUGCAAAUCACUUGAGUGGUGUAGCCCACUUUGUACAAAACAAUGUUGUUUUUUCUCUUCUUCUGUUUUGAUUGCACUUGAUUUUUUUUGUUAUCUGCCACAGUGUGAUAUCUGGAUCUACUGCUUAAUUUUGUUUUGUUGUGGGGGAAAUGAUUUGUGUUUUCUUUUUGUAGUUGAUUGAUUUUCUAAUUUAAUAUGCCUUUGUGUUAUUUGAUUCAAAUAUAUCAUUAGAAUAUAUUUUUAUAUUGAUUUAGAAUCACAUCGUUGUGUGUCCUAGCUGUGUGGGCGGAGCAGUUAUUCUGAUGUAUUUAUUGAGCUCUAUUUAUGGGAAGGUCAUUUGAAUGUCAUAUUAGAAAACAAACAAAAAAGACAAUGUAACUUUACCUUUACUGCACUAUGCAACACUAAUGCCAGAGAUAUUUGCUAAAUGUUGGGAAUACUUUUACUUUAGUAAUUUUGCUUUCUGCAUCGAUGGCCUCAUCCUUAAAAGGUAGCAUAAUCCUUUGUACAAUUUAGAAAGAAUGAUAAUGAUGCUAAUAAUUAUGUAGACCUAUAUGUUCAUCACUGACCUAUGCUUUUAUAUAAGAAAAGAAAACCAUCAGAUCUAGUGCUUCUUUUAAAGUAAUUUUGGAAGCAGUAUUUUCAAACUAAUGCUCUCAUCUUUUCUACUUAUCAAGACUGUGUAUGUGGAUGAAAAGAUUCACUCAAAGAUUCACUAGUAAAAGUAUGACCUUGUGCAAGACAGGCUUUCUUGAAAUGAUUCCAAUCGCUUUUUAAAUGAUAAAAGCAAAUCUAAAAUUGAUUAAUUCUAUAAACUAAUUAAUUGCCUACAGUAUUACAUGAAGUUGGACUAUGUUAAUUAGAUUUGAUUUGUAUCAUAUAAGGCAAGGUCUGAGUGAAGUGGUUUAUGAUAUUGCAAUAGGUUGGGUCCUUGUUAAUAAGUUUAUAUAUCCUUGCAUAAUGAGAUGUGUUAUAAUAUUCAUUUGGCGCCUGGAGUCUGAUAGAAAUUGGCAAGAGCAAAGCUUACAGUUAUGACCUUCGUAAAUUUUUAUAAAUAGUAUAAGUUAAGUAUUCUAUAAAAAUGUUUCAGAUUUGGUUUUACUAUUUCUGGAUAUAUCAACCAUCCUUAUAGAGAAGUACAAGCUAUAAUAAGCUCAUGAUGCAGAUUUUUUUCUUAUAACUAAAACAUGGUUUGCCAAUAUUUGUACCAUUCCAUGGAUCCUAUUCACAUAGCGUGGUGAUGCAUCCACUUUGAGAUGCCUGUUUGUCCUAACAUUAGUUGUUCUUUGUUGAACAUUUUUUAGUAGUACAUGUUUUCUUAGUUGAUAUUUGGAGUUCAUUGAAUGAGUGUUACUAAUCAACACCAAUAUUUAUAUAUGAUGGCCUUAGCUUUUUAGGAAAAUGUAACCAAUCUUUUUUAAAACUACAAGCAAUGAGCUAGAAGUAUUCAGAGCAGUAUUAUUCUGAUUUUCCGUCCAAAAAUGUAUUUAAAGAAAUGUUUUACUUUUGGAAGCAAUGAAAAACUUAUUUAGCAAUUUGGUUGUGAACAUCAUUUAAAGGAGUGAGCUGCAGAUACUGGCGUGGAGGUUGGUACUCCUGACUCCUUUUGAACAUAUGAUAGAUUUUGGUACUAUGCAUAUGUGAACAAUGCAAAUUUGUAAA